CGAUUUAAAAUUCAGUUUCAGAUACAAUUUUGACCGCAUUAGAUUGAAAUUUGAAAGUGGCAAACAUGAGUUCCGCACAAAAAUCAGAACACAAAGGUAUUUUCAAUUGGAAAAAAACCAUCCAAACACCGACCACAUCUCGAAAUAAUUCAAGAUCUGCGUCGAAAAAUAACUCAAGAGCAACAUCGCCAAGAAAACCGGAAGUCGAAAAAAAAUCAACGCAACUACCAAAAAUGGAAAGAAUGUCGCGAAUUCGCUUACAACGCAAUUCGAUUAUAAAUGUGACGAAUAAAGUCGAUAACGCUGUGCAAACUGAAAAGAAGUCUGUGGUUUUGCCAUCAGAACACCCGACUCCCAAAGAUAUCAAAGACAUUGUUGAUGAUAUUACGUCACCGUUUAAAAAAGUUUCGGAAUUGAUUGAAAAUCUGGACUCAUCAUUGAAUGACUUUGAAUCGGUUGAUGUUAAGAGUUCGACCUUAUCAAUUGGAAAUGAGUCUUAUGUGAGCGCAAAAAGUAGCAGCGAAUUCACCGACAAUUCUGAAUAUUGCGGUGGACGUGGGGGCUCUUUGCUUGAUGAUUGUACGCAAUUAUUGGUGCGCGAACUUGUUCAUUCCAUUCAAGAAAAUGUAAGCGACAAAAUCGCAAUGCAAAAGAUGAAAAUUCUCUUAACGCAAUUGAACGAGCGAAUUGUGCUUGCUGGCCAAAUGUACAAGCAUCAAAUGAAGAAAAUGAAGGACAUCCAAGACACAUCGUUCGCUGAACUAUUCAUGGAGAAAAAUGAACAAAUUACCAAACUUCAAAUUGAAACUGAAGAAUUGAAGAAAGAGAACGAAUUCAAUUCAAAAGCAUCGCGUGAACUAUUGAUGGCCAAAACUGAAUUAUCUCGUUUGAAAGAGAUUCUGACGCAACGAGAUGAAGAAAUUUAUCAGUUGAAUUACAAAUCCAUCUGUGCACGAUCCCAAAUUGAACUAUUACAAACUGAAAAGAAUGCCAAGUCACAACAUUUCAACGCCAAUGAAAAGGAGAUUGAACAUCAUUUUAGAACACUCAAAAAAAUACUUACGUCGAAUCGUGAUUUAUUAAAAUUACUGAAACUUAAACAAUACAAAUGA